GGAGCAUCACAAGUCACCCAGAUUGCAGUGGUAAGAGGAAGACUGUGCCUAAGAGGAAAGCCAGUGGAUUCCAAAAGUGCGAAAGAAGGCCUCAAGAGUUUUGUGGAGUGGUUAAAGGCAAAAGAGAUGCCAGUAGUGCUGUUUGCUCACAAUGCAAAAUCAUUUGAUUGCAAGCGUCUAAUAUUUUCUUUCCAGAAAUGUGAUCUUUUAAACUCCUUUCAAAGUUGUGUUGUGGGGUUUGUUGAUACGUUAAUACUGUUUAAAUCAGUUAUGCAACAGAGAGAGAAAUACUCGCAGGAAAAUCUUGUGUCAGAUCUGUUGGGCAUUUCUUAUAGUGCUCAUGACUACCUGGAAGAUGUCAGGGCUCUUCAGCGACUUCUUUCC